CUCUCACUGAGACUUUGUGAGUGUUUGUCAGGUCAACAGAGGAACAUGGCUUCAUCCUUUCUCCUCUUCUCCCUCCUCUUCAUCGGCCUCCACGCUGCAGAUGGAUUCAUGCAAGCCAGAGUGGCCCAUUGUGUCUUUAACUCCUCUGAUCCUAAAGACAUCGAGUUCAUCGACUCUUAUUAUUACAACAAGUUGGAGUACAUCAGGUUCAGCAGCAGUGUGGGGAAGUUUGUAGGAUUCACUGAGCACGGAGUGAAGAACGCUGCUGCCUGGAACAAUGAUCCUUCAAUACUGGCUCAGAUGAAGGCUGAGAAGGAGAGAUACUGUGUACGCAACAUUCAGAUUGACUACGACGCUGCUCUGACUAAGUCAG